CCCGGCGAUAUUAGUGCAUCACACACAAAAUAUUGUAGUUAGUUUUUAUUUUUAACGCUUCGAAGUUCCCAUUUUGUAUAGUGUAAUGAAAAUAUAUUGUCAGUGUUCUAUUAUGUAGUUUAAAAACAAAUCCUUGUGUGUUGUGAUCGUAAAUAGUUUAUGUUAGUAGAAAAAAAAUGGCGUAUACAUUACCGCGUAUGGAAAAAUGCUGUUGCAUUAGCUUGAGGACUGGUUCCCUUAUAGUUGGAUACGUUUCUAUUGUAAUUUCCUCAUUAUUUACGGGAGCCGUAUCAUGGUCCCUCUACAAAGUAGUAACGUACGUUUCAGAGGUUAAGCCGAAUCCCGAGCACACUGCCGAGGAGAUUGCCAAAGUAGCGUUAGGAGUCUACAUCUCCCACGCUUACCUCUUGCUUGUCCUUCUAUAUUACUUCUUUAUUAGCCUUCUACUUGUCAUUGGAGUGCAUAUGAACAAAACGAAGUAUAUGAGGUACUACUUCAAGGCAGGACUCUUCCUAUUGGCACUUGCGUUGGCUUUGGUUGUCGUUACUACUAUCUUCUUGGGACUUUUGGCGACCAUACCACUGUUAAAGUGGAGUUUGACUCUUUUCUUCUGCCUAAUAGUUGUAAGAAGCACUUAUUUACAAAUGGAGGAACAAAACAAACCACGUGUGUACGAAAUGCAAACGCUUUAUAUUACUCCGCAAGCUCCUUUAAUGGCAUAAACGUUUUGAUACUUUAUAUUUUAAAAAUUUUAAUCUAUCCAAUAAAUAUUUUUACUUGGGUU